GCUGCAGAUCUGUGGGAAUGCUCUGUCCGAUCACCUCUCCACAUGGGAACUCCAUUUCUCUUCUUGCUCUUUGGUACUUUGCGCUAACCCCAUGGCGGGGGAUGAUCCUUGAGUAGCCGAUCAAAUAAUCAGAGUCGUGGUGUCAGCAAAGGCUUGAGCCACCAGGGGAUUUGUGUAGAUUAUCCCCGGACUGCUAUUUUCUUGCCCUCGGUUCACACACUUCACUGAACUUAGCGGCUUUGGAUGGGCAGCCUUUUUCCCCCCUGCUACCCCAGCCGCGUGGAAACUCCAGCAGGGAAGCCUGGUUACAAGCCACGCUAUUCAUAGGAAAAGGGGGAGCCGGGGGUUUGAUUUAUCAGCAAUGACUGCCACAGAGGUGUUUGGACCCAGAUCUGAGGAUUCGAGGAGUUCGGCGCUGCUGUCACCCCGUGGACCCGGGGGAAUGAGACGGCUGUGAUUCCAGCACCACUCCCUGAUUACACGCGCUGUGCCCGGGAUGCCGUCGCUGUGACCGGGAGACCGUCAGUAGAGCAGAAACAAGACCCAGCAGCCAGAGUGAUCACUCCCCGGACCCGUUUUUGACUCUCUACCGGAGGAUGUUCCAGCCAGGAUGCUGCGCUUCCCCGUGAAGAAGAUCCGGAAGCAGUUCAAGCUCCUGCUGCUGCUGGUACUGCUCACCUCCGCCGUGUGGUUCACCUACCUGCACAUCAACCAGGGCAAGACCAUCAAACUCCACUUCAACUACGGAAAAGAUGGAGAGAGACAGACAGAGGGGACAGACGCCAGCCGUAAGAGGGACGCUCGCUCCUCAGCCGGCCACCACAAGAGCGAGGACACCAGCGACAGCAGGGAGGACGAGGCUGCAGAGGAUGAGCAAAUCACAGGAGGCGCUAAUGGCAGAGACCAUCAUCGCAUCAGGAAGUUCCUCAGCCAAGGCCACAAAAAAUUGCCAUGGAAACCAGAGUAUAAAGGACAGGCCAACCUGCACGUGUUUGAGGACUGGUGUGGCUCCUCUAUAGCCCAACUCAGAAAGAACCUGCACUUCCCUCUCUACCCUCACACCAGAACCACACUGAGGAAGCUGGCAGUCGCUCCAAAGUGGAAGAACUAUGGCCUGAGAAUAUUCGGCUUCCUUCACCCUUACAGAGAUGGUGAUUUCCAGUUCUCGGUGUCAUCUGACGAUAACUCGGAGUUCUGGCUGAGUCCUGAUGAGAGCCCUCUCAACGCCAGACUGCUGGUCUAUGUAGGACAGCUGGGCACAGAGUGGACUGCUCCAGGCGAGUUCAGCAAGUUCAGGUCCCAGUCGUCCAAGUCGGUGCACCUAAUCUCGUCCAGACGUUACUACUUUGAGAUUCUCCACAAGCAGGAUGACAAGGGCUCGGAUCACGUGGAGGUCGGGUGGCGUCCGUUCCUCCCUGGUCUGAAAUAUGAAGUGGUAGACUCAGCCUACAUCUCCCUGUACACAGACGAGUCCAGUCUGAAGAUGAACGGCGUGGACCACAUCCCCCAGACCAUGGCUAGUCACAUCCGUCUCCCAGCGGAGAAUCAGCACCAGGGUCUGGAGAGAGGCGGCGUUCUGCAGCACGGAGCGGAUAUGCUGAAGCCGGACCCCAGGGACACCUUCUACAGCACUCCAAUGAUCGACCCCUCCCGACUGGACAACGUCCUUCCGGCCUGUCUCUACUCUCCAACCUAUGUUGUCAAAGAUUUCCCCAUCGCCAGAUAUCAGGGCCUGCAAUUUGUCUAUCUGUCCUUCGUUUACCCCAAUGACUUCACACGUCUCACCCAUAUGGAGCGAGAGAACAAGUGUUUCUACAGAGAGUCCCCUAUCUACCUGGAGAAGUUUGGUUUCUACAAAUAUAUGAAGAUGGAUGAGGAGGAAGACGACAGACCGUUCUUCUUCCCCAACCCAGAUGAUUUCCUCGAUGAAGAAGAGGUGGUAGACAUAGAGGACGAGGCAGAGAUCGUUGGCACACAGUCGCCCAAGAAGCCCCCUCAUCCCAGCCAGAGCAGCUACACCUCCAACCCCACCCGUCUGCACUCGAAGCCUGCGCUCACACCAGCUGGCAAAGAAGGGGAAGAAGAAGAGGAGGACCCUGAUGAAGAGGAGGAGGGAGCAGUUGCCAGUAUCAUACGCCGCAGAGAAAGGAGACACUUUCCUCACAGUGAUGGACAGAUGGGUAGGGAUGUUGGCAGAGACUGGGGAAGAGAUCAUACAAACAAUGUACAGAACACAAAGAAGGGACUUGAAGAGCCCCAACCCAGGGGGCUUCAGCCGGACAGUGUGGUCCGGGGUCGCUCCUUGUCUUGGAUUCACACUGGUUCUGCAGAGUUGAGCCCCGGCAGGAAAGGAGGAGGAGCAGGUGGCGGAGCAGAAGGAGGGGGGGAAGAGAAGGGAGUUGAAACUGUGCCUAAACUAAGCAAAUCUUCACUCCUUUUCCCCAAAAAGUCCUCCCUCUCUGCCCUUGCCAGUCGAGCCAAGCAGAUCCUCAGCAACUCCGCCCACAGCCACAACUUCCAAGAUGCCAAAAGCAACAAGCUUGCUGGAAACAAGAAGGAGGAGAACAAGAUCUACAUCACCAGGCCUCGCACUGCCAAGGAGCGGGAGAGGGACAGGGAGAGGGAGAGGGAGCAGCGUCGAGAGAGGGUCACCUCUUACCUCAGGACCUCUGAGAUCACAGAGUCCCAGCAGCAGCCAGACCCAGACCCCAACCCAGCAGAACAGGACCCAAAUACAGAUCGCUCUAAUCCUGACCCCGAUGUUGACCCAGAGCCAGAACCAGAGGAGGGCGAGAUGUCGGACUACAGCUACGAGGAGGCCGAGGUGCGGCCAGGUUGGGCGGAGGAGAGCAUCAACUGGCAGAGGACCUUCUCGGUCAAUCCGAUGGACUUUGAGCUGCUGCGCUCCGACUGGAACGACCUGCGCUGCAACGUGUCUGGCAACCUGCAGCUGGCAGAGAGCGAGGUGGUGGACGUGCUGGCGCAGUACAUGGAGAAACUCAACGAACGUAAUGGAGGGAUCUACACCCUGCUGCGAAUUGUCAACGUUGAGAAGCGGCGCGACUCGGCGAGGGGGAACCGUUACCUCGUGGAGCUGGAGCUGAUGGAGAGAGGCCGCAGCGUGGUGCGUCUCUCAGAAUACAUCUACCUGCUGCUCCACCGCGGCAGGCAGGGGGAGGAAAGCCUAGAGAACACUGACUUUGCCCCGGCCUCUGCACCAGCUUCGGUCCCAUCAGCUGCCACAUCCAGCCUCACCACCCCCCCGCCCCCUCCCUCCACCAAGGCUCGAGCGACCCCCUGGAGCACAGCCUAUGCUAAGCCUCUGCUCUGCCAGCCGGUCAUGCUGCAGUGGAGGAGAGAUGUCAUGGUGCACUUUGUGGUGCCAGUGAAAAACCAGGCUCGCUGGGUACAGCAGUUUAUCGCUGACAUGGAGAAUCUUCAUCAACAGACGAAGGAUGACAAUUUCAGCAUCAUCAUUGUCGACUUUGAGAGUGAAGACAUGGACGUGGAGCAGGCCCUCAGAGAAAGCAGUGUGCCGAGAUAUGAAUAUCUAAGGAGAGAAGGGAACUUUGAGCGCUCAGCAGGACUGCAGAUCGGAGUAGACACUAUUGAGGAUAGUCACAGCAUUGUGUUCCUGUGUGAUCUGCACAUCCACUUCCCUCUCAACAUCUUGGAAAGCAUCAGGAAGCACUGUGUGGAGGGGCGCCUUGCUUUCGCUCCCAUCGUCAUGAGACUCAGCUGCGGCAGUUCGCCACGGGAGCCUGACGGUUACUGGGAAGUGAACGGCUUCGGCCUGUUUGGAAUCUAUAAGUCUGAUUUCGAUAAGAUUGGAGGGAUGAACACAGAGGAAUUCAAAGACCGCUGGGGUGGAGAGGACUGGGAGCUGCUGGACAGGGUGCUGCAGAAUGGCUUGGAGGUAGAGAGACUACGCUUGAGGAACUUCUUUCACUACUACCACUCUAAACGAGGCAUGUGGAACGCCCAAAACAAAAAAACUCCCAAGGGAUAGUGCCCCCCCCCCCCCCCCCUGCUGGUCGGAGGAUACCGAACCUACCUGCAGAUCCACUGUGUGUGAGAGAGAGACCUGUAAGAGCUCGCUCACUGCCUGAACUCUGCCUUCAUUUGAAACAGGCUCCUUUCAGGGACGCCUCUGUUUUCGACAUCGCCCCCUCUUGUAUGCUUGCCUACAUGAGGAAACAGAGUCCAAAUCGGAACUUUACAAGCGAGCUGUUUACGCAAAUAGAACUGAGUCAGUACUUUGCCUCACUGACUGAACUACUGUACAGAGGGAAGAGAGUUCUUUUUGUUCUCCUUCUCUCUGUCCUUUUUUUGGUGCAAUGUUUUCAGACGGACUGGAAAGCGGCUGUGUGUGUGUGUGUGUGUGUGUGUGUGUGUGUGUGUGUGUGUGUGUGUGUGUGUGUGUGUGUGUGUGUGUGUUGCCGGCUUGUGUGCGUUCAUGAUGACAGGAAGCACCUUUUUCUAACAAGGAGACGUGAAGACAACCUAAGAUCUUUUUUUUUCUAACACACUCUUAAAUGGGAGCCUGAUAGAGUGUGUGUCAACAUGUUCAGAUAGAUUCAGACAUGGCGCCGUAGGUCGGGUAGGGGAUCUCAGUCUUUGGUAAUACAGUUCUUCUACAACUACCUGUUGGAUAUCCUUAACCGAGGUGCUGAUGUUCCCCUGAUACCUGAUAUUAUGUAACAAGAAAAAGCUUUGAAUCAGAAAAGCCCUUUUAGUAACAGAUACUGACAGAUGGGUCAUUUUUAUAUAUCUUUCCAUCCCUCGCCCUCUCUCUUCUUCUGUAUCUCUUUUCAUCUUUGGCUCAUUUCAGCCUCUGUCUGUCUGAUGUCAUGCAAUUUUUUGCAUUUGUAUCUGUUGAAACAUUUGUUGGACGUACAACACCCAUAUUAAUGCUAGCCAUCGGUUACGGUUUCCUUUUGUUUCAUUACCUGAAGUGUGUUGUGCUGUUUUCAUAUGUCCUCACAGAGCAUGAAUGCAACGUUUGGCGUGCCAUUUUCUGUUCCAAAACAUUGAAUUUGCAAGCAGUUUUACACCUUUUUACACUUUUUUUCAUCCUUAAUUCCCUUCACAUCUCUAAGCUCAUUGUUAACUGGAGCCUAGAACAAAGCAGAGGACAACAACAGAUGUCUGACGUUUGAUUUUAAUGUUGUAAUGCCAUUGUAUUAAGCAUUUUCUGAGCUGAGAGUUGCAUUUCUCAUAUAAAAAUACCACCAGGAUAAUGAUCGCUUAGCUAUCAAAGACA